AUGGGAAACCUUUGGUGCUGCAACCCUGAUGAAGCCGAUAAUCGCCAGAUGCCUGCUGAGAUCAGAGAUGAAGUACAUAGAGAGCUGGAACAGGGGAGGCAACCCACAUCCACAUCUACAACACAACAUGUUUAUUAUGCCGAUGAUCGCCAGAUUCCUGCUGAGAUCAGAGAUGAAGAACAUAGAGAGCUGGAACAGGGGAGACAACCCACAUCCACAUCUACAACACAACAUUUUUAUUAUCAGUGCCCCGUGUCACAGACCAACAUCUCUAACGCCUCUAAUGUUGGCCUUGGGGAGAAGGGACAUGUUUCCCUUUGGGACAAGGGACAUCGGGGAUGCCUCACACAAGAAAGUGUCAUCACAAGAAUAGACAAUCUGAAAAAGACUUUUGUCCAAAUCCACCAACUAGUGACAGCAGAGGAUCUUCUGGAAAGGUGUGGCCAUGCUGCUAUCUGUGGAGCCCCAGGAGACGGGAAAACUAGCAUUGCACUGAUGCUCUGUAAGAAAUAUCUCAAGAAACAUUAUGAGAUAUUGUUCAUAGAACAUAUUGAACAGUUUGAUGUGAAUGUGAUCAUCAAACGGCACAAUCACAUGUUAAUUGUCUUUGAUGACAUUUUCGGCUCCGUUACAUUUCCAUCUAAUUUAGAAAACACACAGAAAGUGUUCAGUGCCUUGGAAGAAGCUUUACAAAUUGACAUUCUGGAGAAGGAAUGUAAGACCAGAUCCAACCAGGGUAGGAGACAAGCGGAACCAGACCAGGAUAAAUCACAGCCAAGUGAGAAGGAAUCACAACAGACAUUCAAACUCCGCUUCCUUUUCACAUCCCGAACCUACAACUGGAAUGAGGGACGUGCAAGACUCCAUCAGUUCAAAGUCAACCUUUUUAACCUGCAUCGUGUCAUUGAUUUAAGUAAGAAAUGUCUCACAGAUGACGAAAAGGAGACUAUUCUCAGGUCCCACAUGCGAAGAUACCCAAUGUGUGACAUCUCGGAGGAAGAUGUGAAGACUAUCGCUCAUUUACAGACCAAAAUGUUUGGAUAUCCUCUGAUCUGUAGCCUAUACACAUCUAACCCAGACUUCCAUGUGCUAUCGCCUCAAGACUUUUUCCAGAAUCCCGUGACAUAUUUGAGAGGCCACCUCGACACUAUUGUCCGUGAAUGCAGCAGCAGGUCUGCAGCUCUUAUUCUUCUCCUUCUGUGUGAUGGGAAACUGGACCUUGUUUCGUUCCAGCUUGGUGAAGGAGAAACAGAUAUGUUUCAAGUUGUGGAGAAAGUGGUUCCAUCUUGCACUCCUACAGGGAUUGGUAAGGAGAUCGGCAAUUUAACUGGAACCUACUGUACAGUGGAGAAAAACAUGGCUUUCUUCUCACAUCCAUCCAUUUAUGAUGCAACAGCUUGUGCCUUUGGAAACUACAAUCCGAUUUUGUUGCUGAAACAUUGCUCAUUGAAAUUUCUAUAUGAAAAAGUAAAACAGGAAAAGAGAGGCAAGCAACAACUAGGAUUCACUGAUGAUGUCACAAACCUGAUCCACCUCAGUCCUGGUCUGUACCCCUUCGUGUUGACGAGGCUGGUGGAAGGUAUCCGACAAGGAUAUUUCAAGUGGACGUUGAAACACCCUAUUUUCAAUAAUGACAUAUCCAGUUCUUUUCCAAACAAUCUCUCUGAUAACUUGCCACAGAUAAUUCAACAGGAAGAUAAAGUGUUUGGGGAGUGUUUCUUUUAUUGGGUGUCACAGUCAGAUAAUCCUGCUCUGUUUGAACAAUCACUAGAAAUGCUUGGAAAAAAGGAAAUUGGUAUGGCACUUUCACAUAGGUCCAUAACUGAUCUCCAUUCUGGCAUAGUGGCCUGUGUGCAACAUGGUAGGAUCAGUUAUCUCAAACAGAUCAUAACAGUGCUCAACGCUGGUGAGGCGUUUGAUGUGAACAUGACAAAGGGAGACAAAUCCCUCCACAUGAUUGCUGCAGAAUCAGGCCAUUUGGAUGUGUUCCAAUUCCUGUUAGAGGAAGGAGCAGAUAUCACACUAGCUGACAGUAAAGGCUAUACCUGUCUUCAUCAUUCUUGUAAAUCAGGAAGCACAGACAUCACCAGGGUUAUUGCAGAGCGUGUUCCAGGUAUGAUAAAUGUGCCUGGCUACGACGGAUGUACACCAGCCAUGUUGUGCAUUUCGUCAGGAGAAGAUGAAGAUUUAAAACUCCUUGUGAAGGGAGGGGCAGAUAUUUGUAUCACCGACAACUAUGGCAGUUGUUGUCUCCAUUUAGCAUGUGUAAGUGGAUCUGUAUCUACAGUCAAAUAUUUGAUGUCAUUGAAAAGAUUUAAUAUCAACUGUAAAAGUAGAAAGUUCAAGACACCAGUCAUGAUGGCAGCAGGAAGGGGACAUUAUGAUAUGUAUAAACUUCUUGUCUCAGAGGGGGCUGACCUGUCACUUACUGACAAAUACAACUUUGACUGCCUCAUGUUGGCAUGUCAGGGAGGAAACAUGUCUAUUGUGAAACAUCUCCUAUCACUCAAAACAUUUGACAUCAAUCGAAAAGGAGGCAGUAACAUGCAGACACCAGUCAUGUUGGCAGUGGGAAAGGAACAUUAUGAUGUGUAUAACCUUCUUGUAUCAGAGGGGGCUGACCUGUCACUUACUGAUAAAGAGAACAGUGACUGUCUGAUGUUGGCAUGUGAGGAAGGAAACAUGUCUAUUGUGAAACAUCUCCUAUCACUCAAAAUAUUUGACAUCAAUAGAAAAGGAGGCUUCUUCAUGAAGACACCAGUCAUGAUGGCAGCAGGAAGGGGACAUUAUGAUGUGUAUAACUUUCUUGUCUCAGAGGGGGCUGACCUGUCACUUACUGAUGAAGACAACAGUGACUGUCUGAUGUUGGCAUGUGAGGGAGGAAACAUGUCUAUUGUGAAACAUCUCCUAUCACUCAAAACAUUUGACAUCAGUCGAAUAGGAGGCAUUUACAUGCAGACACCAGUCAUGAUGGCAGCAGGAAGGGGACAUUAUGAUGUGUAUAACCUUCUUGUAUCAGAGGGGGCUGACCUGUCACUUACUGAUGAAGGCAACAGUGACUGUCUGAUGUUGGCAUGCAAGGCAAGAAACAUGUCUAUUGUCAAACAUCUCCUAUCACUCAAAAUAUUUGACAUCAAUCGAAAAGGAGGCUUCUUCAUGCAGACACCAGUCAUGAUGGCAGCAGGAAGGGGACAUUAUGAUGUGUAUAACUUUCUUGUCUCAGAGGGGGCUGACCUGUCACUUACUGAUGAAGACAACAGUGACUGUCUGAUGUUGGCAUGCUUGGGAGGAAACAUGUCUAUUGUGAAACAUCUCCUAUCACUCAAAACAUUUGACAUCAAUCGAAUAGGAGGCAGUGACAUGCAGACACCAGUCAUGAUGGCAGCAGGAAGGGGACAUUAUGAUGUGUAUAACCUUCUUGUAUCAGAGGGGGCUGACCUGUCACUUACUGAUGAAGGCAACAGUGACUGUCUGAUGUGGGCAUCCUUGGGAGGAAACAUGUCUAUUGUGAAACAUCUGCUAUCACUCAAAACAUUUGACAUCAAUAGAAAAGGAGGCAGCGAUAUGCGGACACCAGUCAUGAUGGCAGUGAAAAAGGGACAUUAUGAUGUGUUUUACCUUCUUGUAUCAGAGGGGGCUGACCUGUCACUUACUGAUGAAGGCAACAGUGACUGA